AUGUGUUCCUCCUUUUGGUUGGUCUCCAAUUUAUAUGCUGGCUAUGUUGGAUUCUUCUUAUCUAUAACUAUCAAUUUGCUGCUUUUAUUUUUAAUAUUUGAAACACCGAAAAAAGUUUUUGGCAGCUAUAAAUAUUUGAUGGCUGCUUUUUCCGUUGUCGGAAUUUUUUUCUCGUUUUGUGAUUUUUAUAUGAAACCGCAUCUUCAUAUAACCAAGACAUCGUUUAUUGUAUUUACUGAUUUGAAACUUUUGGGAUAUUCGUAUUUCACUGGACAGUUAGCGUUGGCAACACUAUGCUCAACAUACGGAAUGAUGAUAACCAUGCUUGCAAUGCAUUUUUAUUAUCGAUAUCUUUCGGUUACAUCUUCACUUUAUCGAUUUUUCUUCAAAAACCUUACUAUUUGGGUCAUCUUUCUUACUUGUAAUUCUGCUAUUUGGUUCUUCUGCUUUCUCGUAUUGAACUCUCCGUCUCCAAUGAAAGAUGAAGAGCUUUUUCCUGAAUUUUGGGAAUCUUACUGCCUGAAACCAAAUGAAUAUACCUACACAGGACCUCACUACUACUACACAGACAAUUCAACUGGAGAAUGGAAAUUUCAUAUUCCGUCAUUUGUGGCUGAGGGCUAUACAGCUGGCAAUAUUGCUGUGGCAUUUGUUUUUCUUACAUAUUUUGGCUUUCAAACUUACAAUCAUCUUAAUAAACUAGAAGUUGUGGCGAGCGUAAACUUCCGGGAGCUCCAAAAUCAAUUGUUCAGAACUUUGGUGGUCCAGACUAUAUUCCCAACAAUCUUUUUAUUUUUUCCAGUAUCAUGUUUAGUUGUGUUCCCAGUUUUUGGGGUCAGAAUUGGAGAGCAUGCAAAUUUAAUCAUGAUUUUAUUUUCUAUAUAUCCAUGCUUCGAACCGAUUGUAGCAAUGUGUUGUAUCAAAUGCUUCAGAGUACGGAUAACGAGUAAGUGUAUUUGUAAAGGUUUUCUUUAA